CCAAGGUCGAGUACGAAGACGCCCUAGAAGAGCCCGACCCUACGGGAGGACCCGUGGCUGCCUCCAAGAAGCGAAACUGGGCGCCCCGUCCGCGCCCAAGAACGCAGCGGCAACCUCGCCAGUCCAGAGAAGCCGACUGACCAAACUCAAAGAUCCUGACACCCCGGAAGACGGCCAGUAAGCAGGGGACCAGGCCGGAUACCUGGCCUUUCUUUAGCCUAUCUGUCGGAGCCCAACGCUCUGCCCGCUCUAACGGCCUCUCCUCCCGGGGCAUGCGAGGGUCCGCCGGGAGAGCACGGACAAGUGGCACAGCUUCUUCCAAGUGCAGUUGUGGGUGGCUCUGAAAAGAGCCUUUGGAUAUGAUGGAACCUCGAGCCGAGCGCACACUUCUUAAGCCCGCUCCCCGCGGAUGCGGCGGGCCAGCUGGAUGUCUUUGGGCAUGAUGGUCACGCGCUUGGCGUGGAUAGCGCACAGGUUCGUGUCUUCAAACAGCCCCACCAGAUAGGCCUCGCUCGCCUCCUGCAGCGCCAUCACGGCCGAGCUCUGGAAGCGCAGAUCGGUCUUAAAGUCCUGCGCGAUCUCGCGCACCAGCCGCUGGAAGGGCAGCUUGCGGAUCAGCAGCUCGGUCGACUUCUGGUAGCGCCGGAUCUCCCGCAGGGCCACGGUGCCCGGCCGGUAGCGGUGCGGCUUCUUGACGCCGCCGGUGGCCGGCGCGCUCUUGCGGGCCGCCUUGGUGGCCAGCUGCUUUCGCGGGGCCUUGCCACCGGUCGACUUGCGGGCAGUCUGCUUUGUACGGGCCAUAGCGAACCGACACACGAGCUCACCGGCGCAGCGAUGCGCAAGGAGAGGAACCGGGGUCCGGCCCGCCGCAGCGGUCUUUAUAGGCACAGUCUCUUUCCCGAUUGGGCGGGACAAUAAUUGAAAGUCCCGCGCUGGCUGUCCAUUGGCUGUGACGUCAUCGGCCCUAGCGCCACUGAUUGGCUUGGGCGGAAUCCCCCCUACCCCCGCCCACCCGCCUCCCUUUCUACUUUCCGGUUUGCCAACGGUUUUCCCUGCCUUGCUUUUCCUUUCUUUCAGGGUGAGAGUCAGUUUUGAGCGUAACUGUGUCAGAAUGUUCCCCCUCAACCCUUCGCUCCCUUGGAACGCGCUACCCGCGAAACCCUCUUUCUACGCUUUCUAGCUCCCGAAUUGAACCUCAACCUUCUGUUUGGCCCCGCCGCCCCCGGAACGCCUUGUUGCCUUCUCAGAGCCCCCUAGCUUAGUUGGCAUGACGGAUCGUUGUGGGGUUUUUUGUUUUGUUUUGUUUCCGCCUUUCGGUGCUCUUCGGAUCGGAAAGUUAUCUGCGCACCCCUCCGGGCGCAAGAUUCCGCCUCCGAAUGCCUAAGUGGGUACCUGUAUCUCCGCUGCGAAGGCGCCUUUUUUUCCCCCUUUGAGACAGUCGACUCACUUAAGCCAAACCCCAGGUCCGCCACACUCCCGAAAACUGUCCGCUCCCCUAACCGACUGGGGUGAACGGGGCGUGUACGUGUGUGAGAGAGGGAACGUCCCCUUGGUACUAGACCUCAAGUGUUGGGCAAAGGCCUGGGGGACAACUAUACUAUAGAGUUGCUCACUAGGCAUCCGACUCCGAGUUAAGGCAUCGCGGGUCGCCUGACGGAGUACUUAGAACUGAGUCGACCCUGGCGCCCAAGAGGCUUGCUCCCUUCACCUGAGUUAAUUACCCUCCCGGAUUUACAACCCGUCGCCACCCACCCACGCAUAACACCGGUAAGGUACUCAAAGAUUCCAGAAGGUGGGUGAAUGGCACUCCCUCCCCCUCUGUACCCCUGGGCCGCACGUCUACUACUGAGAAAGCUGAAAUUGAGCAAACUAGGUGUUGGAACAACCCUUUUUAUUUGAAAAAGUGGGUGGCUCUGAAAAGAGCCUUUGAUUUCACAGGUGCCCCUUCGAGUAGGGGGCUUGAGAAGGCUUCCGGAGACCAGCCUCACUUGCCCUUCGCCUUGUGGUGACUCUCCGUCUUCUUGGGGAGCAACACGGCCUGGAUGUUCGGCAAAACGCCGCCCUGGGCGAUGGUGACUUUGCCCAACAGCUUGUUCAGUUCCUCGUCAUUACGAAUGGCCAGCUGCAGGUGACGAGGAAUGAUGCGCGUCUUCUUGUUGUCUCGGGCCGCGUUGCCCGCCAGCUCCAGGAUUUCAGCGGUCAGGUACUCGAGGACUGCCGCCAUGUAUACGGGCGCGCCGGCCCCCACCCGCUCGGCAUAGUUGCCUUUGCGCAGCAGGCGGUGCACUCGCCCCACUGGGAACUGCAGACCUGCGCGGGACGACCGCGACUUGGCUUUGGCACGGGUCUUACCUCCUUGUUUGCCACGACCAGACAUGACAGCCACUGGCAAUACAAACCGCUCUCGCUUGACGGCUAAUAAAUUCGCUCUCAACAGCGCCGCUUCACCCUUUUAUAGGCAGAACGGCGAUUGUCUACGGAACAAUUUGAUUGGAUAAAACACCUCUUUGUCCUGAUGACCAAUAGGAUAGCUCAACCAGAAUCCUCUCAUUUACAUAACCUCGUCCCCCUCGCAAGAGAGCCACUGAAAACUCGCGAAUCGCAACGCGGCGUAAUCCGAACCCUAAUUUGCGUACAGCCUCUAUAAGUACCGAGUCGCUUCCGGUAGCCUCGGUGCCGCUGCUGUGUUUGCGUUCGUGGUGGUCUUUGCAGCUCGUGCUUCCCGUUAUGCCUGAGCCGGCAAAAUCCGCCCCGGCGUCCAAGAAGGGCUCGAAGAAAGCUGUCACCAAAGCCCAGAAGAAGGACGGCAGGAAGCGCAAGCGCAGCCGCAAGGAGAGCUAUUCUAUCUACGUGUACAAGGUACUGAAGCAAGUGCACCCGGACACCGGCAUCUCGUCCAAGGCCAUGGGCAUCAUGAACUCGUUCGUCAACGACAUCUUCGAGCGCAUCGCGGGCGAAGCGUCGCGCCUGGCGCAUUACAACAAGCGCUCGACCAUCACCUCCCGGGAGAUCCAGACGGCCGUGCGCCUGCUGCUGCCCGGCGAGCUGGCCAAGCACGCCGUGUCCGAGGGCACCAAGGCGGUCACCAAGUACACCAGCUCCAAGUGAGUCCCUGCCGGGAUGCGGCGCUCGCACGAGUCGCCGAGCCGCUUGACUUUCCAAAGGCUCUUUUCAGAGCCACCCACCUUCUCAGUGGAAGAAGCUGUUAUCCAAUUUAUUUUCAUUUUCUGUUAUGGUUCUUUUCCGUACCACUUACUCCUUUCGUGGUGUAAAUUUGCCAUUUUCCUUAGGAUGAAGGGCAACACCCAAGGUAGGACCAGAUUUUGUCUAUCGAUCAAGAACUAGCUAGAGUAAUUGUUCAUUCUCAUGCAAGUAACUUGCCUUUUCCAGUGAAACGGUUAGCGAUGGGUGAUGAUCAGUGUAAAUCUAUCUACUCAGGAGGAUGGGGUAAAAAGUUAAGCAGUGGUUGCUCUGCAGCAAUUAGAUUGGGUCGAUACUUUGUAAAUGCAUUUUUCUUGAGCUCAGAAAACCAAAUUAAUGUUACUGUUAAAAAAAAAAAAAGCAAUACUUUGAGACCACGCCCCAGCACGUAUAGAAAAUCUAUACGUCGACAAAAAAAAAAAAAAAAACAAUCUGCGUUAAGAAUCAAGAAUCAAGUUUUAUUCGGUGACUUGCUGAGGACUAAGCCCAAGAGACAGCCUUUCAGAUACCUCUGAGGGUCUGUUCCAAGGCGGUAUGGGAGGAACCAGAAUAUAUACCAGUUUUGCAAAAACAAACCAGGUAGUUGAACGUCAAAAGAAUUCUAAUUAAUGAAAAAAACACUAAAGUUAAUGAAUUUAGCACUUCUCUAUGUGAAGGUGAAAGAGUGGGCUGACUGAAUCAUUCAUUCGAUAUGCACCUUAACUGUCUAGGCCCAGUAUCCUGUUUUUCUCCAUCCUGAAUCCCCUCAGGGUGCACAGUUGGGGUAGCUGCAGUGGCUGAUGGCUUGAUGGCCACAACAUCCUUUGAUUACUGAUAUGGCAGGUGACAUUUUUCAUCCACAUUUCAUCUAGACAAAUUUUAGUCUAGACGUACGUCGUGUCUCACUUUGCUAUUCCUUCUGGUUAAUAUUUGAACAGAGGCCUGAAUGAAGAAAGUGAGCCAUAGGAUAUCUUGGAGAAGAGUAUUCUAAAAACAAAAAACAGCAAGUGCAAAGGCCCUGAAGCAGGCACAAGUUUGAGGAGUUCAAGGAAUAAGCAAGGCCACUGUGGCUAAAGCACAGUGAGCAAAGGAAAGAUCUGCAGGGAGAUGUGAUCAGAAAGGUAGUUGAGAGUCAUUAUGUAUGCCAUUGAAGGGCCUCUAGGUCAUUGCAAAGAUUUUGUCUUUAAUUCUAAGUAGGUUAGAGAGCCUUUGGAGAGUUUGAUCAGAGUAAUGACAUUAUUCGACUUACGCUAAAGCUCACCCAGGAUGCUAUGUUGAAAAAUAGACUAUAGGUGAACAAGAGUAGAGGCAGGGUGAAUAUCAAAAGGGCUACAGUAAUAGCUCAGGAGAGAGAUGGGUGGUAGCCAUGGAGAUGGUGAAAAGUAGUCAAGAUAUAUUUUAAAUGAAACAUGAAUUGUAUAUAGAUUAUGACAGAAAGAGAGAAAUCAAGGAUUAAUUGCAGGUUCUUGGACUGAGCACUUGGAAAGAGCUGCAAUUUACUGAUACGAGAGGCAAGUAGGUUUGGAGGGGGAAAGCCUAGAGUAAUGUCUUGGACAAAAUUUUGAGACUACUGGUAGCUAUCCAGGUGGAAAUAUCAAAUAGGAAAUACCAAAUUCCCAGGUUGGGAAUACGAAAUAUGAGAACUGGAGUUCAAGGAAGAGAAAGGACAAAGGGGUAGAUUCUAAAACCCCGAUUCUUGCUCGU